AUGGCCCUGUGGCCAUCCGAAGCGGCUGCGCUGGCCUUCGCCAGCCUUGAUGAAGUUCGGCAGUUUUAUGGGGUACCGGAUGUGGCCUGGCAAGCAUUCCAUGCCCAGAUCGGGUAUCCGGAUCUCCGUAUAUUCCCUGCCAUCCCUCCAGAGGCAGUUGUUCAAAAUGUUGUCGACUCGCGCAUGCCUGACGGGUCAAACUUGACACCUACAUGUGCUGUGCAGUUGGGGUUGGUUUGGCGACUCGCAAACAGGAUCCAAUGGGUCCGGGGCGGAGGCACGUGGGGAGAGUGGACUGAUAUAGACCCUUGGGCCGCAAAACCCACAGCUGCGCCUACUCCAGCUCCAGCCGCUGCAACAACCAGGGAGAGAUCCUUGAAGAUGUCACAGGUGUUGGACCAGACAGACGACAGCGAGUUCCUGGUGGAGCCCCUUGCUCGAGUAGAUUUGUGGUUCCAGAGGUAUGUCACCAUAAUGGGCGCCGCCCCCCAGGAGGAAGAGGACGUUACUGCUGAACAGCUGAGCGCCUUGCAUAAGAGGACGGCAUUGCUGCAACAGCCGCCCUAUGUGGACAUGGCAGUGUGGUCUCCUUUCGGCAGGAGGGCACUGAGGACUUCGAAGUUCAGAGCCUGGCUGCCCCAGGGUGACGGCACGUAUCUGGCCAAGGAGCUGCCAGGACCCGCAAACUAUCAACAGUGGCUCGCAGCAUGGCGGGUCUUUCAAACGGCCUGCAUCAUGUUGGAUCUGCUCCCCUUGGCGACGUUGCAGCUCUACGAGCGCCAUGUGGAGAAGCUGGUGAAACUCUACACAGAGGCCUGGCAUCUGAUAGCCUUGGCAGAUGAAAAGGCUAGGGGAGAGAAGCUCAGCAGGAUCAGACUCAAGUUGUCGGCAGAUGCGGCAGCAGGCCGGCCCACGCCGCCGCAAUGGGACCCAGAUCGACCCUGGCCAGCUUGCUUCUAUGAACUAGUUCACGACACUUCGUUUUGGGAUGAUCAAGUCCGUGCUCCCGCCAAUGCUUGGCUAGCUCAUGGAGGGCGAGGCGCACCAAAGCCGCCGAAUGAGAACUUUGCGGCGGCAAACCUGCCAGGCGGAGCGGAGGUGAUCCAGGCGCCCACGGACGGCAAGCGCAGCACCAAGGACAGGCGGGCAUCUCGUAAGAGGAAGAUCGCUGCUGAGAAAGAAGAGCUAAAAGCUCUUAGGGCUAGCGCUAAGUCUAACCUUGCUGAGCACAGAGAGCCUAAGCAGAAUGCCUUGAAAUCUAAGGACCAAGCUGGUUCGGAUUUGUGUUUCGGUUGGGACGCAGCCAAAGGGCCCUGCGCCAGCAUAGCGCCAGGCCAGCCAUGCAAGGGCAAGGUUGUUCGUCUGCAUAAGUGCAGGAUUUGCUUGAGCCCGGGCCAUAGGAGCUCCGAGUGCCCCCAGAAGUGA